GAUGUCAAACAACUAGCGUUGGUACAGCUGAUGAGCUGAUGACCCAACCGUGGGCGACACCCUCAACAACCGCACCAGCAACAAAGCCACUCUACCUCUCUCGCCCACUCUCGUACGCGCCACGCGCCACCUUGACCUUCAGGACGAUGAACCACAACGAAGAACAAGACCAUUUGGACGCCUUGUUCAAGCGGAAACGAGCCCUCCGGUCCAGGGUCCGCAAGGCCCUCAAGGCCAUGGACCCGGCACUCAGAUCCCAAGAAGACAAUGACAUUCAGAGUAUUGUUUUGAAGUCUCCGUGGUUUCAGUCCAGCACGGGAUUGUGUGCCUACAUAAGCUGCAAUGCUUUGCGUGAAGUUGACACGUCCAAAUUGUUGUCUGAAAUUCUGCAAAAUCCUGCCAAAGAUGGUCAUACACAGGUGGGGAAAAGGCUUUAUGUUCCACGUGUGGAGGACAAGAAUAGUCACAUGCGCAUGCUGAACAUCUCAUGUAUCGAUGAUCUUGUUGCGAAUUCGAUGAACAUCUUAGAACCAGCUCCGGUGGAUAGUGAUGGAAAUGAACGUGUAGAUGUUAUGCAAGCAAAUGAGCCAGUUGAUUUGUUCCUCUUACCUGGACUAGCAUUUGACAGAUCUGGAAGGCGCCUGGGUCGUGGUGGAGGUUAUUAUGAUGCCUUCCUGAAGAAAUACCAAGAGCUCGCAAAGGCAAAUGCUUGGAAACAACCCCUCCUUGUUGCUCUAUCCUAUUCUCUGCAGAUAAUGGAUGAAGGAAUUAUACCAGUCACUCCAAAUGACAUUCUGGUGGAUGCUCUUGUCUCACCAACUGAUGUGAUUCCCAUCAGCCAAGAUGCCUUAGACAGGAUGAAGCUUUGACAUUGGAUUUGGAAACCAAACCUGAUUGCUUUCUUUGAUGACUGGUUCUUCAUUCCUAAAGAAAUUUGAGUUCGGAUUGCUCAUAAGCAGUCCAAAGGAUUGCUUAAAAUGUAAGGAUCAUGCUAUCCAAGAGAUGGGGUAAAACAUUUUUUUAGUGCUCAAACCACUUUUUCAUUCUC